AUGGGCAAUGUAAUAGGAGCUUGUUGCAUGGCAACUGAAGGGGCAUCGGUGAAAGUGAUUUAUUGGGAAGGAAACGUGAAAACCCUAACCGGAAAAGGACGAUUGGCUGGAGAGAUCAUGUUUGAGUUCCCAGAGAGCAUGGUUUGCGAUGCCGAUCGCUUCUUUGUUGGCCACGCCAUCCCGGCUUUAUCCAUUGAUGAGCAGCUCAGGCCUGGUAAAACCUACUUGGUUCUACCACUCGACAUCUUUUCAUCGGAGAUCUUCUCAUCUUCUUCGAUAUCAGCUUUUGCUGCUUAUACACCGAGACAAACACCAGCCGAUCUCAAGGAGGUUCCUUUAGAGUACAUAAAGGGAUCAAAUGGGAGACUUUUGAUCAAGGUGAAGCCUGAGUUUAUGGCAAGACAUCUGAUGAGUAGAGGUGGUCAUGAUGAUGAUCAAGAAAACGGUGGAACAGCAAUUAGUAACAAUCCAACAAACAGUUCUCUAUGUAGUACACCAGAGCUCAGAAAGGAGUAUGAACAGUUAGUUCGAUCUAGGGUUCAAAUAUGGUCACCUAAUCUGGAUACCAUUUCAGAAGCCAAAAAGAUUAGGUAUUCUCCUUAUAGAGUCUUUGGGUUGGAGAGGGAAGAGAAAGAGGAUGAUGGGUUGGUUUAA